CUGGACGGUUCGUUUGAACGGCAUUGCCCUGCGACCCGACGACUCCACGGCGGCGGCAGCAUCAUGGAAGGAAGCCAGGUAUACAUCCCCGAUGAGAAGCUUGCAUGGGUGCCUGGGACUGUCCUGCGCACGGAAGAUGGCGGGAAACGCGUGCUGGUGCGCCUCGUCCACGCCAACGCCACGACAAUCGACGAUCGAUGGGUCGACCUCCGCGACGAGAGCAUGCCGUCCGAGCUUCCGCUGCAGAACGACGACCCCCUCGUGCAUGGAUCGGUCAACGACAUGUGCACCCUCAACCAUCUGCAUGAACCUGCGAUCGUGUACAACCUCCGCGCGCGCUUCCUGCAGCAGCGUCCGUACACGUAUACAGGCGACAUCGUCGUAGCGGUCAACCCGUAUGCGUGGUUGGACGGGUUGUAUUCCAAGGCAACGCAGGCUCUGUAUAUGGGAAAGGACCGCCGAUCGAGUCUCCCUCCGCACGUGUAUGCCACCAGUGCGUCCGCGUUCACGUCCAUGAUCCAAUACGACCGCCACCAGAGCAUCCUCGUGAGCGGCGAGUCUGGCGCGGGCAAGACGGAGACGGUCAAGAUCCUCAUGGAACACCUUGCGACCAUGAGCACGACCACGCAAGGCCAGUCCUCCAACUUGGCGGUCGUCGCCAAGGUGUUAAAGAGUAACCCCCUCUUGGAAGCGUUUGGGAAUGCGAAAACCAUCCGCAAUGACAACUCGAGCCGGUUCGGCAAGUUUACGCAGCUCCAGUUUGAUCACGAACAUCAGCUUGUGGGCGCGAAAUGUCGGCACUACUUGCUUGAGAAGAGCAGAGUGGUGACUCAAUCCGAUCCCCACGAGCGCAACUACCACAUCUUUUACCAGCUCGUGGCAUCUAACGACCCAAGGUGGAACCUCCUACAAAAUCAACCAAAUCAGAAUCAACAUGCGACAUCGUUUGCCUACUUGCAAGGCGACCGGUCCCUAUCGUCGUCGUCGUUCUCACUCGAUGCGACACGGUACACUGCGACAAGGGAAGCCUUGACCACGAUUGGCAUGCCCCAACUAGACCAGUUGGCGCUGCUGGACGCACUCGCGGGCAUUUUGCAUGUUGGCCAGGUCUCGUUUACGCCGAGAAACUCCGACGAUGGCAGCAGCAAUGCUGACAUGACAUCCGAUGCAUGGACGAUGACGUACACGUUGCUCGGAUUAGACCCACGCUCGUUAGCAACGAGUCUGUGUAACCGGACGGUGAAAGCACGCUUGGAAGUGUAUGUUGUGCCGCUAAGCAUCGAUCAAGCGCAGAUGAAUCGAGAUGCCAUGGCCAAAGAAAUAUACGCCAGAUUGUUUGGGUACUUGGUGCAAUGUGUAAACGAAUCGAUUUCCAACGACAACGCGAUGGUCACACACAUCGAUUUGCUCGACAUUUUCGGGUUUGAAGCGUUCGCGACGAACCGAUUUGAGCAAUUUUGCAUCAAUUUUGCGAACGAGAAAUUGCAGCAGAAAUUCACCCACGACGUGUUCAAGACCGUGCAAGAGGAAUACGAGCAAGAAGGGCUUGGAUGGACUUAUGUCCAAUUUAAAGAUAACCAGGACCUAUUAGACCUCCUAGAAGCCCCCCUAGGAGUGAUCUCGCUCCUCAACGAAGAAUGCAUCCGACCCAUGGGCAACGACCUCACGUUCUGCUCCAAGCUUACGUCCACACACGACGUUCACCCACGCCUGGACAAGCAAAAAGCACGGCUAAGCGCUUCGCAUUUCGCCCUCAAACAUUACGCGGGCACAGUCAUGUACUGUGUGGAUGGGUUCGUGGAAACCAAUAAAGACGCGCUGUCCACUGAAGUCGUGUCGCUGCUGGCCACGAGUUCCAACCACCUCGUGAGCCACGUGUUCCAAGACGUCACCACGUCAUCAUCCGCCCACCGCAGCAGCCGGCGCGGGUCCAUCUCGUCUGGUUUCAUGGGGGAGACGGUCGUGUCCAAGUUCAAGACGCAGUUGGCCGGCCUUAUGGCAGAUAUUGCUGCCACACAGGUGCACUACGUCCGAUGUAUCAAGCCAAACGCUGUCAAGUCGAGCUCGGCAUUUGAUUUUCGGGACGUGGCUGACCAACUCCGCUGCGCCGGCGUCGUCGAAGCGAUCCGCAUCUCCCGCGCCGCGUUUCCCAACAAGCUGUCCCAUGAGCGCUUCCUCCACCGCUUCGAGUUGCUCCAGAACGCCAAAAUCAAAGCAGCCAAUGUCGUUACUGUGGGCGCGGCCUGCGCCCAACUGGCGACGGCGUUGAUCGGGCAGCCAGAGUCCCCCACGUCGUUUGUGCUCGGGUCGCUGCACAUUUUCUUUGCCGCGGGCGUGUUGGAAGAGCUGGAAACCCAACGAAUGGACCGGAUGCAUUCACGAGCGACGCUGUUACAACGCAUGGUGCGAGGGUUGUUGUGCCGCCGGUGGUUUCUGCGACAGCGUACCGCGGCCGUGCUCAUUCAGGCCCGAUUCCGCCAGUACACGACCACGACGAAGUUCCAGCAGACUCGGCGUCGGGUGACGCGGCUGCAGGCGCUGUGGCGGGGCCGCGCGAGUCGUCGAUCUCUGGCUACGCGCCAGUUUACAUUGAGCGUCGUGCUGGUUCAGCGAAAUUAUCGCAAGUACAUUGCCAAAAAAGAGUACAUCAAGUUCCGCCAAGCUGUGAUUUUGCUGCAAGCACAAGCCAAGCAGCGCACUCAACAGGCGAAAUUCCAUGCCCACAAGCGAGAACUCCGCGCCCAGCAGACCAUGGAAAUGGAUAUUGUGGCCCUGAAAACCCGCCUAGACGAAGAGAAGCGACGAGCGCUGGAUGAACACAAGCAGCAAGGGGCGAUGGGAAUAUCCCUCCUACCAACGACAAAGCAGAUCUUGCCGCCGCCGCCGCCGCCGCCAUCGGCGGGCAUGUUCGCAGCGGGGUUGUCUGUGGAUGACGUGUCCUUGUUGGACGAAUCUGGUCGCAUGUUGGAAACCCUCCAGCGCGAAGUGCAAAAGUGGCGCGACGUCCACGACCGAGAUAUCUCUGAAAUGGACCAGCUCAAGAACGAAAACAAACGAAUUAAAGACGCGUACACGGCGGCGGGCGCGUCGUUCGCGGCGCUCAACCAGCACAACAAGCAGCAGUCGAAAGCCAACCUCCGCCUCAUGUCGACCCAUGCAGCGCUUAUCAAGUCUCAGGAGGAAAAGAUGAAAAAGUAUCAGAGGCAAGUCGCCGACUUGAAGGACGAGCUCAAACUUGUCAAGGGAAGCAAUGGGUUUGCUGUAGGAGCAGCAUCUGUUCAAGAGAAUGUGCUGCAAGUACUGACCGACCAUCACGUCCAUCACGACGUGCAAGCUAAAGUACGCCAAGUGUUUGAAGGGUCAUCGAGUGUGCACCAUGCACCCCAGCGCCGCACGUCGGUGACCCCAUCUACGUACGAGCCGUCGGUGGUAGCAACGCAAAGGCGCGGGCCUAUGCCAGGAACGUCGAUAGAUCAGCAGAAGCGACCCUCCAGCAACUUGCACAGCAAUGGGAGCACCGCAGACAACCUUCGAGGCAGUGGGGUCUUGCCCAAGGAGGACGGUGGCCAACUACUUAGCAACAACAGCAUUUACUACGAAGAAGACGCGAAUCGAAAGUCGGGGCUGGGUGGCAUGCUCAAGAAAAUGUUUAAAAAGAACGACAAUUAAGCUUGAGUAAUCACUAAAACCCCG